AUGGUAAAACUAGCACAGUCACUGGCCAUGGGUUCAUCACUCCGUCUGGCGGCCAUUGCUGCUACUCUUGCAGGUCUUAUCUUCACACCUCCGGUCGCCGGCCAAACAUAUUCGACAUGCAACCCGACAACACAAUCGUGUCAGCCUGAUACAGCUCUUGGGACGUCAGUAUCCGUGAGCUUCAAGGUAAACCACUCCAUGUCAGCUGGGCCCCGGGCAUACACUAAUCAUUCUGCAGGACGGCGCUUCAAGUCAAUUUACAACUCAAGGCGCACCCACGUACAGCUCCAAUGGUGCUGGAUUUACAGUUGCGAAGUCCGGAGAUGCGCCGACCUUGAUCUCAAAGUGGUACAUCAUGUUCGGAGAGGUGUCGAUCACUAUGAAGGCUGCACCUGGCACCGGCAUUGUCAGCUCGGUCGUGCUGCAAUCUGACGAUCUGGACGAAAUCGAUUGGGAAUGGGUCGGUGGAUCGGGAAACCAAGUCCAAAGCAAUUACUUCGGCAAAGGUCAAACCACUACGUACGACCGUGCUGCGGUGCACACCGUGGAGAACACACAAGGCGAAUGGCACACGUACACCGUCAAAUGGACCGAGACCCAAAUUGUCUGGUCGAUCGACAGCAACACCGUCCGGGUACUCAAUGCUGGAGAUGCCCAAGGCCAGUAUCCACAGACGCCCAUGCAGCUAAAGAUUGGCGUUUGGGCUGGAGGAGACCCGUCCAAUUCGCAGGGCACGAUCAGCUGGGCUGGCGGCACGACCAACUAUGCCGAUGGGCCAUUCACGAUGUACGCUUCGGAAGUUUCGGUGGUCGACUACUCGACUGGCAAGUCGUACACCUACGGCGACCGGAGCGGCAACUGGGAGAGCAUUGAAUCGAAUGGCGGAAAGGUCAAUGGCAACUCGGACGGCACCGCGACCGUGACCAACGCUCCAGCCAUCACAUCCACGACGAGCGGUAACGAUGCUUGGGACGGCACCCACAAGACCAACACAGCUACGGUCUCGUACACUACGCUGCCGGGCCUCCCAUCAGGCUGGACUAUCAGUGGUUCCGGUAAGGUCGUUCCUUCAUCGGCGACCCCUGUGAGUAAGACCCACCAGGGUGAAUGAAUAUAUCUUGGACAGUUUGCUGACUCUCGCCAUAGUCGACGUCCCGAGCCGCUUCUUCUACGCCGUCGCCAGCUGCAUCGCCUGCGGCCUUGUGCUCCGGCUCCGGAUAUAAAGUGGUCACCGCGUACGACCAAGAAGGAUUCUUGACGACAGCAACAAUCCCUGCCGGCGCAUCGACGGGCUGGGAUGAUCAAGGUCUACCGACUACCCUUUUGCCGGCGAACUGCAUCGUGUCGAACCCACCGAUCGCAGCUGGCGAGAUGCUCCAGAAGUCGGAAGCCACUCCGACCUCGUCGACUCAGUUGCUGCUGGCCACCGCAGACCCCUCGAGCCUGAUUACUGCCCAUGUCACCAAGGGUGGAGGUGCAGCAACGAUCCGCUUGCCGGGCCUGGUGGCAUAUUGUACAGCGUUUAUUGCAUCAGCGAUGGGAGCUUUCUUGUUGUAA